GUAGCACAAUCCAACCGAUUGAGGACGAGCGCGAGUCUGUUUGCCUUCCCAGCCGAACAUAAACCCGGGAUGAUGGUGUUAUUCCGGAAUGGCGAACGCUCGCGCGUUGGGAUUACACCACCAAUAAAGACCGACAGAGCACACAUUUUUGGGAAGCAGUGAGAGGACAUCAACGCUGACCGUGCAUACACCGAGAGACGGACGCGAGAGACGCGGAUUCAAGAGCCUGCGGAUCAAAUGAAUGUCUCUGGCCGCCAAACGAGCGUGUGCGAGUCGCCGAGACACGGACAAUAAUUGCGCCGCGAAAAGAGGACGUUCCGAGGCGGCUUUGUCGCGCCACGCGUGCAGAAGAUCGCGAGCGGAACGCGCGGCUCGCCAGUGUUCUACCGCGCGCGCGUGAAGGUGAACGGCCGUCGGAGCCGCGCUCUGCGUGCGGCGCUUGUCCGGUACGCGGCGGCGGGGAUGCGCGCCGUGCGGGCCUCGCGUGCACUGGACCGGCGGAUUGUCUCGCUGAAAGCACGGGAUCGUGUGUGUUUGCGCGUCGCACGGUAUUGUUCAGUGAGUGCGUUGAGCGUCAGAUGGUGCAUGCAUGCUGUCACCUCUGGGAACCUUGCUGCUGAUUAAUCAUUUCUAUGCACUUUAUUUGCGUCCUAUCACUGUGUGUUGAGUAGCUGCUCAGCCUUUCUGCUCCUCUUGCAUUGCACUGAACUCAGUAGCUCUAAAAUACUAGCAGCAUCUGACUGUAAAUCACCUCGAGUCCCAAAAACACAGCAGUGAAGCCCCAGGAUCGCACUCGGACUGAUCGAAUGGUUUUAAAGCGAUCCUAAAGUGGGACGAUGACUCAGUCCACAGGAAUCUCUUUACUGAAGCUCCAGAGAUUAAACAGAAGUGUGGUGUAUUGAUCCUGCAUGCUCCCCUGAGAGAGUCUAGCUCUUAUGAAGCUAACAAACACUACGAAGUGACCUUCACUCGGUGUAUGUGCACAUUAGGAGCUUGUUUAUUAAAUGGGACGAUGCUGGUGAGGAGGAUCACUGUGUUUCCCCGAAAGGAACUUUGACCCUUACAGAACUGAAAGGACUAAACUCAUCUCGAGGAGUGGGAAGAGGAAAUAAUACUCACUCCACACUAAUGACAUGAUCUCAGACUGACAGAGAAAACACUAGACUAGUAAUCAGACAAACCUGACAGCCAUGAGUGUUCGACAGCCGACCUCCACGCUGGAUAGGGCAGCCAUUAAGAAACAAACACACCUGCCCAGUCCUUUUGCUGCUUGGUUGAGCAGUUUGACGUUGGGAGACUCGGAGCGCAGGUCUUCUCCCGGCCAGCAGAGGGAGACACUGUCUGAUCUCCCCUCGGACAGCGCAGGGACGGGUUUAGUCCAAAGAUGUGUGGUUGUGCAGAGGGACAAUCUGGGGUUUGGCUUCACCGUGUGUGGCGAGAGAAUCAAACUAGUGCAGAAUGUCCGGCCAGGUGGAGCGGCGGUCAAGGCUGGAGUCCAGGAAGGAGACCGAAUUAUUAAGGUCAAUGGUUCUUUGGUUUCGUCGAUGUCUCAUCAGGAAGUGGUGAAAAUGAUCAAAUCUGGGACGUAUGUGGCGUUGACUCUUCAGGGCCCGCCUCCUUCAGCCGCGUCCAUCCCGCUUCAGCCACUCCCCACUGACCCCUUGCCCAAUCACAGGACUGCUCCUGGCGAAGCUCCGCCUCCUCCACCAACUCCGCCCACAGGAAGCAGCACCCCGACUCAGAGAAUCACAGGACCCAAACCCUUACAGGACCCUGAGGUGCAGAAACACGCCACAGAAAUCCUGCGCAGGAUGCUGGAGCAGGAGGAGGCAGAGCUGCAGAACCUCCUGGAGGAGCACUCCCGAAACCCCUCGUCUUCACUAGAGGAGCGGAUCGAAAGAGCCAGACGAAGAGCCAGUCAAGUCCGGGUGAAGAUCCAGCAGGAUGUGGACGGCACUCGAUCAGAAGCGGUCGCUAGCUAUCUCACAGCUGGAGAAGGUCGGUUAUCAGUGGACUCCAGCGAAGGAGACCUCGAGGCGUGUGAGAGCCCCUUCUCGUCCCCCUCCACCUUCAGGAUCCGCCGGCAGGGGUCCGACACGCUCCCCCUCAGACUCGGGAAGAGCCAGAUCAUCGGCCCGGAGGAAGAGGAGGAGGAGGAGGAUGGGUACUCCAUCAAUGAGGUCAGACCGUUCACUGUUAUCACUGUCUCCCAGAGCUAG